AUGCAGCACCUGAUGGUGGUCCUGAAGACCGACAGGCAGCACGGGUGGGGGCCGACCCUGGAGACACUCGUGUUCCUGUUCUGGCUGUCCACCGGUUCAGCCUACCGAGUUGUCUCCAGGGUCUUCUGCAUGCCUCUACCCACGGUGCACAGGGUGGUCCACAGGAUGGUGGAUGAGGUGGUGGCUGUUCUCCCUCAGUUUGUCAACUUCCCCCGCACACAGGAGGAGCUCCAGGUGGUCGGGGAUGGCUUUGCCCGGCUGGCUCAUCACCGAGCAUUUGAGAAGGCAGCAGGGGCAGUGGAUGGUUGCCACAUCCGAAUUAAAUGUCCUGGCGGCCCUGAUGGUCACGACUACAGCAACAGGAAACUCUUCCCCUCUGUGGUGCUCCAGGCAGUCUGUGACCAUCAGGGUCGCUUUAUGGACAUCUUUGUGGGUUACCCAGGAAGCGUGCAUGAUGCACGCAUCCUAAAGAACAGCCCCAUCUACACUAGGGGGACUUACCCUCCACCUGAGUAUUUCCUCCUAGCUGAUGGUGGCUACCCAUGUCUAGAGGAACCCCUGGCCCUUAUCACACCAUAUAAGAGGCCAGUGAGAGGCAUGGCAGAGCAACGGUUUAAUGAUCAUCAUUCCAGAGGUCGCACAAUCAUUGAGCGUGCCUUUGGAAUGAUGAAAACCCGCUUCAGGUGCAUCUUUUUAGAAGCACUUGAAGUACAUCCAGUGUUUGUCCCUAAGGUGGUGACGGCGUGUUGCGUUUUACACAACCUUUGUGUUGGUGUCGGGGAUGAGCUGGAAGAGGCUGUGGAGGACGAUGACAACCAGCCACCUCUGGAGCGCGAGGAGAGCCGGAGUGGAGCUGCCUGGUGGGCCGCGCUGACCAACAAGGUGUCUGCACUGCAUGAGGCACCUCUUGACCACGAUUAUUUUUUCCAGUCUUGAAGCAACAGCAGCACUGGCAGCUGUAGCUGAUUGCCGCUUCUUGUUGUUCGUCUUGUUGUAUAUAGUUG